AUGGAGCCCGACUUCUAUGCACUGCUGGGGGUGCCCCGGAAUGCCUCCAGCGCGGACCUCCGCGUCGCGUACAGGCGACUCUCCGCAUCUGAGCGACCUCCUGAACCCUCGGUCCGCCAGCGCGGCGGAAAGUCCGAGUCGAUCGCCGAUGCAAAACGCCGGCGCUGGCUCCAAAUCCAAGCGGCCUACGACACGCUCAUGAACCCGCGGCGCCGCACGCUCUAUGACCGAAGCUGCCCUGGCGCAAGUGAGCCCAGUCCACUGUUGGAGCCAAAGGAAGAUCCCCCAACAGCUGCAGGAAGCCUUCUCGAUCUGCCUCCGACCUUGGGCCCAGAAGAGGAUUCGAGUUGGGGCCGCGUCCGGGAAGUUUUCGAAGAGCUACUCUCAGAGGAGCCGGCCGGCGACGCUCCCAAAAAGGCCACUGACUUUGGGGGUCCUCUAACAGCCUGGGAGGAUGUCCGGAGCUUUUACGAUUUCUGGAGCAGCUGGGCUACGCGACGACCCUUCGAGAGCGCCAGUGCCUUCAGCAGCGAGGAGAUGGCGGCAGCGCCCAACCGCGCCGCCAGGCGCUGCAUGGAGCAGGAGAACGAGAAGCGCCGGAAGGCGCAGCGCCUGAAGUUCAAUGCCGAGGUGCGUGAAGCAGUGGCGGCUUUGCGGGACCGGGACCCGCGAGUGCAGGCCCGGGCUCGCGCCUGUGCGGAGGAGGCGCAAACUCGAGAGGCUCUCCGCGAGGCCGAGGAGGAGCGAAGGCAGGCCGAGCGCCGGGAGCGCCGGCGCGCCGCCCGCGAGAGCGAGCUACAGCGGUGGGCCGAUGCUGAGGCGGCUGAAACCGAGGCCGCGGACGCCGAGGCCACGACCCUCUCGGCUUCGGCGCCUCCCACGCCAUCUUUUCCACCGUCCCCUUGGGUUUGCAACAUUUGUGAUGGCAAGGCCUUCCCGUCACACCAAGCUUACGAAGAUCACCGUGCUUCCAAGCGGCACAAGCGAAACGCGCGGGGCACACCGGAGGUCUCGCCUCCGGUGCCGGGCCCUGCCAUGAUAUCUCCUUACAUGCUGCCAUCAAAUGCAGCUCCGGCGAACAUGGACAACCUUCCAGGCUUGCAGCUUCCUGUGGCGGCCUCCGGCAGCACGGAGCAAGAAGCAGAGGCCCACGACGAGUGGGGCGCCGGCUGCCUGUCCACCCUGCGGAAAGAGCACUGGUGCGGAAUCUUCGCAUUUCUCACGAGCCGCGAAACCAUCCUUCCCAUUGGGGCUCUGCUAUGCGCGAGGGCUUUGCGAUCGGGCGCUUUUGCCGAUGCUGGGCUGUGGCAGUUGCUCAUGCAACAACGGUGGCUUCAAAACGGAGCAGCCGGAGCAAGUUCUGCAUUUUCCUCGGCUGACUACCGACUCUUCACCCACGCUGUGGCAGCAGAGUCUAUAUGCUCGCAGAUGGCCGAGGCCGCCGGCCUCGAAUCUGUGGCCGACGCAGAGAAGGAUGGAGAGAUGGAUCCUGAAUCUCGCUGUUUCUGCUCGAUGUCCUUGGACACGCCCUUCCACACCAUCACUGCUGAGCACGGCCUGAUCGCCGUCAGCUCGAUGGCCUCGGAGGUCCGCCUCUUUGAGGCUACCGAAACGUCCUUCCGUCGUUUGCCACCUCUUCGGCGCUCACGCCGCGGGGCAGCGGACCUUAUCGCUCUCUGCCCGAAGGCAGACAGCGGUCUUCUGGCGGUGGCCGAGGUGGAUGGCAUCGUGCGCUUGGAAGACGUCACUCAGACUGAGGCGUCUUGUCCGGAGCUGACGAAAGACUCUGUGGAGGGAUCUUGCCAGGGUCUCUUUUGGCUCGGUCAGAGCCUGGCGCUCUGCAGCGCCUGGCGAGGGGGUGCGGCACUGUACGAUGCUGCGAGGUCUCAUCCCUCCAUGGCCCCCAUCGCGACCCUGGAGUGCCGGGGCCUCCUAAGAGCCCUUCGCUGGUCGAACCACGCGCUCUUGGCCUCCGCAGAGGAGCUCGGACUGUGGGAUUUCCGGUGCCCCGCUCUGCAGAGACUCUGGAGCCGCAAGGCGGCGACUCUCACGGCGCUGGCGGUGGAUUCGGAUGGAUACCACGCGGCCAUCACGACUCAAAACUCCCAGGGUCUGGGCAUCGAGGGCUUCGACCUGCGCAAAGCCGAGGUGAACCAGAAGCCGUUGAUGAUUCGAGACCUUUUGGGCCUCUAUUCCCAAGAUGUGUCCAAGAUCCAAGACUUUUGGACCAGCUGCCUUUCUGUGGGUAGACUUGGCGAGACUUGCGCCGUCUUCAGUGACGGUACCCAUGGCCUUGAUUACAUGGCUUGCUUUGCUGGCGGCCCUGGCACAGUACCCUUGGUCAUGGGUCCCAGCAACUUCAACAUCACAGCUUUGCAGUGCGCCGGCAGCCAGUGUGCGAGCCUUGUGGGGGUCAGCAGCCCAAGCCACGCUAGCAGAGGAUGGGCAGAACUGCGCUGGCUAUCCCGAGCCGCCGCUCAGCGAAAGGCCAUCCGACGGGUCAAGCCGAAGAAGUUUUUCCGACAGCACAAUGCAGGUGAGAAUGACUUCCGUGAGCGCGGCUUGGGCCGACGUGGAAGGCGUUGA